AUGGGCGUAGGCGCAUACAGGAAAGUAUUAACAGCCAAAAGUGGCUUCCGGAGGGUGAUCCAGCAGGUGGGGCGUGGGAGCUCGCGCCUGGUGGUGACGGCGAACGGGCAGCGGGUGGUAGUGGCGGACGCCAGCGGCCCGCGCGGCGGCGUCGUGCACGUGCUUAGUGGGCCGUUGGCACCUGCCGCUGAUCGGGAUGUGCUGACUACGCUGUCUGACUGCGCAAAGUACGACGGCUUUCUCACGCUCGUCACGGGCACGGGUGUUUCCGAACUGCUUCGACGCGGCCAGCGCACGCUGUUCCUGCCCAGCAACGACGCCCUUUCGAAAGUACCGCCGGAGGAACUCAAGCUAUACCAGAAAAACAUCACUGCCCUCAAAGAGUUCCUCGCCUAUCACAUCGUGGACGGCGUCUACUACAGCCACGACCUGCGAGACGGCCAAUACCUCAAGUCAUUACACAACGACCUCCCAAUUCGAGUUGGCGUCAGCGUGGACGGCUGCAGAAACCUGCUCUUCUACUUUGAGCUGUAA